UUUAAAGCUUCCGUCCAUGUUCGUUGUAUAUAUUCAAAAAAAAUCGGAGAAAUUGGACGUAAUUUUGUCGUGUUUUGAAAAAAUUGUAGUGUCAGUGACUCUAAACAAUUAUAGCAUUUUUCCUGUGUAAAAAUAAUGUAUUCCUGUGUUUGAUUCGUCUUUUUAUUACAAAAUCACUUGUUUUUAGCCGAUAAAGAUUUGUCAUUUUUUAUUGGGUGAAACAUUUUUCGUGACUAAUCAUGAAAUUUCUACUCCUUUUGGCCAUUUUGACCGCCUCUAUAUCAGGGCAAGACCUCCCAUCAUGCGACAGCAAGGUGUAUUGUCAAGGCAACCUCCUUCAUACGGUUCAAAUGGCCAAAAUUUUCAACGAUUCUAAGACCUUCGUCGACAUGAAAAUGGUAAAUGACGAGAAAACAACUUUGGCGAAUUUUGACAAGUUUUGGAGUGACACGAAUCAGAACCCGAGCAAAGAUCAAGUGAGGAAAUUUGUAAAUGAGAAUUUCGAAAUGUAUAAUGAGUUCGACGAUUGGGUCCCGGGGGAUUUGACCGACAAUCCGGAGAUAUUGUCAAGGAUUGACAAUGAGGAGAUCCGACAAUUUACCCAAGAUCUCGUCAAUAUUUGGCCAAAACUUGCCCGGAAAAUAAAGAAAGAAGUGAUUGACAAUCCGGGGCUUUUCACACUGCUGCCUGUUGACAAUGGUUUUGUCAUCCCAGGUGGAAGAUUCAAGGAAUUCUACUAUUGGGACUCUUAUUGGAUUAUUAAAGGAUUGCUUGUGAGCCAAAUGAACCAAACUGUAAGAGGCAUGCUGGACAACUUCUUGUCAAUUGUUGACAAAUACGGUUUUUUGCCAAAUGGUGCCAGAAUUUACUACCUAAACCGGUCACAACCACCGCUCCUUAAUUUAAUGGUUGCGACCUAUAUCGACGCAACAAAUGACACAAAAUGGUUGCAAGACAACAUCAAAAUUUUAGACAAAGAACUAAGAUACUGGCUUGACAAUAAAUUGGUCGAAGUGACCAAAAAUGGUACCACUUACACCAUGGCCCAUUACGACUCUGAAAGUGGUUUUCCUCGUCCUGAAUCCUACUACGAGGAUGUCAUUACUGCAAGUACCCUUUCUUCGGAAGAGGCAAGAAAGCAGUUGUAUGCAGAUUUGAAAAGUGGGGCCGAAAGUGGAUGGGAUUUUUCUACCAGAUGGAUUGUUGACGAAACAGGAGGCACCAGCGCUAAUUUGACCUCUCUCCACACACGGAGGAUCAUCCCUGUUGACCUCAACUCUUUCCUGUGUCAAGCUUUCCGAAAAUUAGCCGAGUUUUAUGUCAUUUUGCACGACUACGAAAAUUCGAUUUUCUGGUACGAAAAAUCGUUCCUUUGGCAGAAAACUAUAGACGAAGUACUUUACAAUAAAGAGGACGGGAUUUGGUACGACUGGGACAAUGAGUUGGGGCAACACAGGAAAAUCUUUUUCCCCUCGAAUUUCGCCCCCUUAUGGGCGGAGGCCUACGAUUUAUCCAAAGCUGAUGUUUUGGGGGAAAGAGCAGCUCAGUACGCCGAUGACCAAAAAUUGCUAGACUACGAAGGGGGCAUUCCGGCUUCUUUGACCCGUAGUGGGGAACAAUGGGACUACCCCAAUGCCUGGCCCCCAUUACAGAGCAUCGUGGUCAUGGGUCUGGACAGGAGUGGCAAUUGCCAGGCCAAGGAGCUUGCCAAGGAGCUUGCCCGAAGAUGGGUCACCGCUAAUUUAAUUGGUUUCAACCAAACCAACGAAAUGUUUGAAAAGUACGACGCGGAGGUCCCUGGGCAAUAUGGAGGGGGAGGAGAGUACGUCAUCCAGAGCGGUUUUGGGUGGACAAAUGGAGUCGCACUUGAAUUCAUUGAGAGAUUUUACACAGUAUCGGAGAAGAAGCAUUGAUUGUUUCGUCAAAUUGUGAUAUUGUUAUUUGUUACUUUUAAUAAAUUAUUUUAAGUCUUAA